AUGUGUAUUGGUGCGCCAUGUGCGGUAUUGAUCGAUAACAUGAAAUGGUUGCGUGCAAGGAUCUUGAAAUUCAGUAAAGCGAAUGGUGUAAUAAUAGAUCUUGUGGAUAUUGGUUACGACAAUAUUGCCAAGAUAGAGGAUGUUCGACCUCUACUGAAAGUUUUUGGACGUUUGCCUCCACUUGCUUUGCGUUGUCGUAUGAAGGGUGUUGAUAUGAACGAUUUAACUGUGGAGAAAGUGAAUGCGUUCCAAAAUUUAAUUAAAUCUUGUGGUGAUGUUGUUCGCGUAGAACUUGCUGAUGUAUCUUCCAUACCAUUUCUUGUUAAUUUGUACCAUCCAACGGUGCAUGGGAGAAAUCUUGGUAAACUGUUUUAUCGUUGUAAAGAGCAUGCCGAACAUAAAGCGGCACGAGAGAGGCGAUGGAAUAAAAAAUUGGCUCGAAUGAACAACGAUUUUUCUAAUGAAUGUACGAGUGAGGAAAGUUCCGAAGAUGAAUACUUACAGCCUACACACGUGUUGCAUUUGGAAAGACUACAAAAGCCGAUUACUGAUGAAUCACUCUACAUUUCCCAUGUCGAAAAUAGCCGAUUCGUUUAUUUACAUAGCGAAUAUCACAAAAAGACAAUUGAGAAAUUGGAAAAACACUUAUUUACCAAGUGGUCUGAGUUAAAAAUUGUUCCUGAAAAAUGGUUGAUGCCAGCGUUAGCUUGUGCUUAUUCUGACACCUCCACUUGCAGUCCAUGCAGAGUCAUUGUGGCGGAAGUUGAAGAUCAAACGGUAUGGAUACGCAGCGCUGAUCAUGGGUGGAAGAAGAAUUUACCAAAAUUGGAUUGUCUCUCUGGUAGUUUACGUCUUCUUACGAGAGAAUUCUCGGAAACACCACUUAUGUAUCUCUGUUGCCUACCAAAUUCCAUGCAGUAUCAUCCACACAGGUCCGAAACUGAUAUUCUGCGAAGCAUUUUGCCAACUGGUACGAUUGUAAAUAUUCGCCGCUUGCCAUGUAAGCGGUCUUUACCAUACAGAGCGGAUAUUUUUCUUGAGAAUGACGAGCCAGUUAUCGAUGUUCUCAAUCGAUCGAAAACCGAAAAACAAGUAAUACAUCCAUGCUUCGACUUGGUACCUUACAAACCAUCAAUUUAUUGCGAAUUUCACAAGCUUGACUGCAAUUAUCAGGAAGAUCUAGAAGUUUUCCAACCAUUUGCGAAGGGUCGUUUGGAAUACGCCAAUUUGUAA